AUGGAACAGAGGUUCAAAUGGAAGCAAAUCGAAUACAAUUUCAACGGAGUUAUAUAUAGAAACGACGCCGACUACCCGAAAACGGCUCAAGGGGCCCGCGGAAACCUAACAGAAGCGGCCAAGUUCUUCGUACAGUACAACAAUGUGCCGAUCGGAAUGGAGGUCUACAGGGGGCGGGUUUUCGUGACGGUUCCGAGGAGGAGGCACGGCAUACCGUCGACCUUGAACUACGUGGAUUUCCCGUCUGGUUCGUCGCCAGCUCUCAAACCUUACCCCAACCCGGAGAGCGUCAAGGACUUCGUGUCGGUCUACCGGCCGAGGGUAGACGCCUGCGGCAGACUGUGGAUGGUGGACACUGGUCUUCUGGAGGUACCAGGCGAGAGGAAACAAGUCAAGCCUCCGUCGAUCGUGGUGUACGAUCUGAACACUGAUCAACUUGUUCUACGCUACGAGCUGAAGCAAACUGACUUAGUGGACGAGAGAACGCCUGCAGGUCUGACCUCGAUAAACGUCGAGAUAAACGGCGAUUCGUGCAGCGACGCCUACGCGUACAUCACUGACCUCGCAACCGAGGGUCUGGUGGUGUACUCCAUGAAGUCUGGCGACAGCUGGAGGCUGAGCGACCGCAGCUUCGUUCACGACAACGGCGCGAUGAACUUCACGGCAGCAGGACAAGUAUUGGCGAACUGGAAAGAUGGGAUGUUCAGCAUUGCUCUGACUGAACUGGACUCUAACGGUAAGAGGAAGGCGUUCUACCAUCCGCUGGUGUCCACGCAGGAGUUCUCCGUGGACACGGACUAUUUGAAGGACAAGAAGAGAUUUCACAGUCUAAAUACGUACCUCGGCGAGCGCGGCGCGAACAGUCAGAGCGGCUCCCAUGACUAUCACGCCAGGUCUAGAACGCUGUUCUUCGCAAACGUCGCGCAGAACGCCAUCUCGUGUUGGAAUAUUGACAAAGACCUGGCACCGGAGAAUGUAGCUGUAGUUGCACAAGACCCCAAGCUGCUAGCCUACGUAUCCGACUUGAAGGUGAUCGAUAACUCUCUGUGGGUGCUGGUUAACCAAAUUCCGAAGUUCAUCUACUCGAGAUUAGACACGACGGAGUACAAUUUCUUCAUCCACAGUUUCCCGAUUCGCAAAUUACUACGAGGCACAGUUUGUAGACGU